GCCAAAGCUGUCUAAAAUGAGCACCAAUGGUCUUUACAUUCUGCUGUUGUGCCUGCUGGGCGAUCAAAUAUCCUGCGCCACCGUAAAAUCAUUUCCCGACAGAUUCCGCGCGGUAGAGAUUCUUCAAGAUGAACCGGCGACCAUACAAUGCCGGACUGAUAGUCAGCCGUUUAUGGAAUUCGGAAUAGCCCAAAUGCUGGAAGCAUACUCCUACGACGAAGCAAAGCAGAAAUGCCGGAUUAGUGUGGCCCUCUGCUCUAACCUGUUGCCUACGCGGGUUGCGCCGGAUCUCGACUAUGAUGUCCAGGACAGAGUUCAGACUGAGCCAACCAAAAUAGAGUCAUUAUUCAUGAGCUGCACCAAUAACAAAACCUGCAUGCACCCUGUCGUUCGACAGCCAGGAUCGGAGUCAGAAAGGAGGAAAAUGCGGAUCAGAGAUGCUACUACGGCUGGUGGUGACCUUUCGAUGCUCCGAUAAGAAAAUCUGAAUUGGGCAAGGUUCAGUUAUUAUCGGCACAUUUGAUUUCUACUUCGAUUAACGGUCGUUUUAAUAACGUGAUAGUAGCUAAUAGCUAUGUUUCCGUCUUGUGCUUAAAACAGCGGAAGCACUUUCACAGCUUUGUUGUCAGCCAAUAGGGUGGCAUAUUACCGUGUGUUUGCCUGUAAUACUCGUUGACGUCGUUGUAAUAUAUUUCAAAAUGGGAGGAUGGAGAAUGAUUGC